AUGCCCCUCUCCUCCUUGCCCACUGGCCAGGCGCAGCCCGGCCGCACUGCACGGCUCGGCCGCCGCGCGUCCUUUUCGGCCGCGCCACGUGCCGCAGCCCCGGCCACCCCGCACUGCCAGGGGAUGCCCGUGCUGCACAUCCCGGCCUCCACGGCCGUCACGCUUCGCACGGCCUCGGAGUGUACAGAUCGAGACCUCCCAGAUGGGCUCCGAGCAGAUGGGGUCGGAGGAUCGCCCCGCAUCACGGGCGCAUCGGCGGCGCGGCUCCAUGUGGAGCCAGAGUUUCUCCGUGCCGAUGGCGCCGAUGCAUCGCCGACGUCGCCGAUGUGUCGACGAGGCAUCGGCGAUGCGGCGCAAUCUUCCGACCCCAUCUACUCGGACUCCAUGUGGAAGGCCUCUGAUGGAGGAGGGCUGUGUUGCAGAAAGUGCGGGGACUCGUGUGUCGAGCAUCGUGUGAAUCUCUCCAAUGGUCUCUCCCAUGGGCAGGCAGAAUUUGAGUCGGCUAAGUCGCGGACUGCCGCCUAA